UUUCUGUUGCAUAGCAACUGCUGCAGACUGAGGAGGCUGGGAAGGUCAGGGAGCGUUUCUGGCUUCUGAUGCUGCGCCGGCGUCACCAGAUGAGCUCUAAUAUUUGCUUUUUGCUCUCUACAUGUUUAAAACCCUUCAUAUUCUCUUCUGGUUCCUUGGCAGGUUUCCCACUCAAAGUGUUUCUGCUCAAAAUGCAAACAUUCUGUCCUGGUUGGUGGAUGUGAGGAUGAAGAGCAGGGCAGGAAACGGUUAAAUAAAUCCCACCCUGAUGGUUCAUUCUGUAUUCCCAUCAUGACCUGCGUGUGUUUGAAGCUUGCAGUGACGUCACUCAGCAUCACAGGGUGAGUGGAGCGCAUGCUGAGGAGGAAAUCUAGGACAAGAAGAGCAGGAAGAGGAGGUGUGCAGCAGCAGAUAGCAGCAGAAAGCAGCAGCUCUGCAUCAGUUAUCUCUGGGCUCCUGCAGGAUGAAGGAGCUGCUGCAGCUCUCUCAGUCUGCAGCGUGACCGGGCUUCCUGAGCUCCAGCCGUCCCCUCCGACUCGCCGCAGCAUCCGCAGCAGCUCCUCCAUACCAUCAGUACCAUGGAUGGAUUCCGGCUGCCGCCCGUCAUCGAGGAGGUGCUCGACCCCUCUGACGAGCUGUGUGAGCUGAAGGAGCACAAACCCAUCAUGUUGGCCGAUACUCUGACAGCCAAGGAGCGGCAGUCCAUGGAGGAGAAGGAGGAGCCUGAGCCGGAAGAAGAUGGAGAGAAGGGGGAGCAUGAGGUGAAGGAGAGGGAGUCUGAAGAUGAAGAUCAGGGAGAAGUGCUGGGUGAAGAGGAGGAGCUGGAGGAGCUGAGAGCUCAGGUGCUGCAGCUGCUCCUGGAGCUGGAGGAGACACGAGAGCUUUCUCAGAGGCACGAGGAGAGCUUCAUGGAGCUGCAGGGUCUGUUAGAGGAGGAGCGGCUGGCGAGCGCACAUCAGGCCGAGAGCUUCACCCGGCAGAUCCAGAGGCUGCAAGCUCAGCUCCGCUCUGUCCAGGAGGAGAUGAACAGCCUGGAGGAGGAAAAGGAGAGCGAGCUGGAGGAGGUUCAGCAUGAGCUGCGCGUAGCUCAGGAGGAGGUGUUGGUGCUGCAGCAGGCGGCUGAGGAGUCCGCAGCAGAGAGGGAGAACGACAUCGCCUCCCUGCAGGAGGAGCUGUGUCGGCUCAGGGUGGAGCUGCAGCGUCUGCAAGCCACCACGGCUGAGUACGAGCUGGAGAUCACCACUCUGAGGGCUGAGAUGAGCAUGAAGAGCUUCAGCGUGGCCACGGCAGGUGAUGCGACGCAGCUGCAGGAAGAGUUCAUCUCUCUGACAGAUGAGCGUCAGACUCUGAGCUGCAGCAACAACGAGCUGAGCAGCAAACUGGGCGGACUGCAGCAGACACCAGACAUGUGUGAUGCCACUUACCUGCAAGUCAGAGCUGAGGGUGAAGCUGAAGAGAAGGAGCUGCCAGAUGCAGACUCUUACAUCUCUCUGUCCCAGUCUGGACCCAGGCUGCCAGAGCCGGACUGCUCAGUGGUCCAGGAUGAGAUCAGGACCCUGAAGGUCCAGCUGAGACAGGCUGAGGAGAUGGCCCAGAAGGUCCGGCAGGAGUGUGAAGGCCUGAGGGGCGAGCUGGAGGAGCUGCAGCGUCAGUACGAGCAGAGUCAGCGGGAGCAGGAGGCUCUCCAGCUCCAGCUGCAAAGCUGCAAGGUCGAGCUGCAGAAGCUGCUGGGAAAGAAGCCCCAGAAAAACAACUCUGAAAGCUGGAACCUGGCGGUGGCGGCGGUCGCUGUGGCGGCCAUUUUGGUUCUAGUGGUCCCCAGCUUCUGCAGGACCUGAGGACUAACAGGAAGCGACCUCACAGCACACUGUGGGAGCCCGUUGGAUUGCUGUCAUCCCUCAUCCAUGUCGCUGUCCUGAUGUCUGCAUGAGGCAACGCUGCAACCUUGUGACCCGACACCACCGAUGUCCGUCAGUGAGUGCUGGAGGGAGAGCCCUGCGGCCAUCAGAACGACUGUUGUAGCCGUAUAGAAACACUGUGCAGCAGGUCCCACAGCUCUGUGCUUUCACAUUACCACCAUCUACACUGUUUAGUUCACAACUAAAAUCAGACCAAAUACAUGUUGUUCAUUCCUAAGUUUACCGCUUUAAACAUGCAGAACCGUGGUUGUCCUAACAAAAAAAUCAGUUUUAGUAGAUGUGACAAAGGACAUGGAGAGUUUUGUUGUGCCGUAAAACCAAAUGAGUGGCUCUGUUUGCAGGAGGAAAGUUUCCAGCUCUUCUUAACAACCUAAAGCAAUCUGCUGUCAGCUGGUAACGUUACCCAGGAAGUAGAGAGGAUCGGGGGGUUGAGAAGCCCUCCAUGAUAAACAGUAGAGUCAGAGGACGGGACGAGACACAAAUUGGAAGCUGGAGGCUUUUUAAAUGUACAAAUUAAAAUGAAUCAUAUUUUAAUCAAAUAAUAUAUGACACAAGAAGCAAAGUAGGUCAAUUUGAAUAACGAUGACUGACUCAAUACGACCUGAUUCAUGUAGGGAUGGUGUGCAGCAAUUUCUUCCUUGAUUGAGUGGAAACUGCAAUAUCAACCAGAUCCAACUGCAGUUACGCUCACAAUGUCUUCAUGCCAGUCAACCGGCAGCUUUUCACGUCGUACUCCUCUAAAUCCUCUAAAUAUGUGGGGAGAAUUACAUUUUGUAACUGAUAACUUUCUAUAAAACCCAUUUAACUGCACAGAUAUUCUCUAGUUGUAAUUGCUGGGGGGGGGGGGGGGGGGGGGCAUACUACAAAACUCAUACAUCACUUCUGUGCUGAAUUCACUUGCACCCGGAUAUCUGAAGUGUACUCAUUUAAACACCAGUUCAGACAGUAUUUGCGUUUCCAUUCCAGUUUCAUUAAAUGCUUAAAUUAUUGUAACAUGCUUAAAGUCUCGACUCCACCCUUCAUGAGCUACCGAUGCGGUGGACUGAAGCCCAGAUGUUUGUUUUCCCAUCUGAACAUGAUGAUACAUAAGAUAAAAUGACUUUAUUGUCCAUCACAUUCCUGAGAUGGAGAUUCAUCUUUGACAUCUGGCAGCAGUUCAUACACAAAAACGCAUCAUUUAAAGGCAUCGCUAAAACAACAGCGUUACUAAAAAAAACAUAUUUGACACACUUCAAAAACAAAACAAAUGAAUGAAUAAAAUGAAGUGAGAACCACAAUGAUAUAAGCAGUGCUUAACUAGAAUAUUUGUAACUCAGAGGCAACAAAGGAGUUUUUAUUCCUGCUGCUCUUUAGCGGGACGACAGCAGCUGAAAGCAGGAAUUCAAAGGAUGAACAGGAUUCUUUGAUUUUUCCUCAAAGCCUUUUUAUGUAAAUUCAGAAGAUGAAUUUGCUGAAGACAAAUGAAUUUACUGGCCUGUUUAACUUGUUAAUUCAAGUUGUUCUAGUCUUUGACUAAGAGGUUUCCACACUAGGAGACUAUGCAGAAAGACGGGACACUUUCAAUAAGAGCCCUAUCCACCAACUGUAACAGUAUAACUCUUUAACUUCCUUAAAAGAGAGACAUGGUGUCUAGCCUUCCUCUAAACACAAUCAGCAUUUAGCUGAAAGGUCAGUUUUUACCUUUACUUCAUCCAAGGUAAAUCAGUGACCUGCUCCACUUCCUGUCCUCUCAUGACAACAGGCCUAAAGAAUGUCCCAACCUCCCCGCAGACAUCACGCUCUGCUUUUGCUGACAUUAAGAUGCAGAAAGCUGUCAUUGAAGCAGGAGGAAAGCUGUUCAGUCAGGUGGACUGUCAGCAUCUUCCAGGCCAGCUACCAAAAACAUAUCAUCAGCAUAUUAACGAGCGAAAGCUGACCACUGUUAAAACGAAGCUCAUUAGUGUACAAAGAAACAAGAGUGGAAACCAGACACCGCCCUGUGGAACACCUGUGUUCUACAUUCAGAUAGAACAUUAUCGUCUGGUAUUCGCUGGCGUCUCUUUCUCUUCAGUCCACAGCACCAGAUGCUGACAUUUAGGUCACACUGAUGCUUUAAAAGAAUGCAGACUGGACUGUGUUAAAGCAGAGGAAAUGUCUAAAAGCUAUGAACUUUCUCCAGGAAGGCAAGACUGCCAUCCUCCACAGAAUCAGAAUCAAGUUUAAUGCAAAGUAGGUUUGCACUUACAAGGAAUUUGACUUGGUGUUGAUGGUGCAGACAAAAUCCAUAUAUAUACAGAAUCUAGAGCUAUUUCCACGUAGACUGUCCACCCCUCCAUUAUUAACUCUUAACUGUCAUGGGUAAGAGUUCCUUACUAACCAGCUGAGUAUAGAUGUGAGGGCCAUUGGUCUGAAGUCUUUUAGAGCUUUAGCGUGUGAUGUUUAACUGUCUUCCAAAGCCAGUAUUGAGAAACCUCUCAAAUAUCAGCUGAAACCCAGGACCCAGCUGUGUGGCACAUUCCUUCAGAACCUUUCCCCCAGUACCAUCCGGACCAGUGGCUUUAAAAAGCUAAAUUAUCUGCUUAAUGUUCAGAGAUACUAAAUUAGCUUCCAGAGCUGAAAUCAUGCUGGUCAAACCCGCAGUAGUAGUCAUUCAUAUCUUUUGCAAGGCAGAUGAUGUUGGAAUGAUGGGGAAGCUUUUAGUUUUCUCCCCAUCGUUAUGUUCAGCCCCUCCAGGCAUCUCUUACAUUACCCUGACUCAAUUUCUUUUCUACUUUGGUUCUAUAAUUUGCUUUUGCUUUCUUAAUCCUGUCUCCUUCUCUAGGUCGCUCACCCUCAGCGUAUCUCCUCCUUUGAAUGCUGCUCUCUUUUCCUUUUAAAGGUGUUUUAUACUCUUAUGAACCCAGGGGCUGUUUCUGGGAUAGAUUAUGACCUUUGUUGUUUUAACAAUACCAUGAACACAGAAGUUAAUAUAGCUGGUCAGUGAGUUCAGAGAAUGUUUUUCACACUGCCGUUCUCCCUUUUCACCUCCUGCUGAUAUUUUGGUAAAAAUGAAUAAUGUUGUGGUCUGAUUGGCCAAGAGGAGGACAGCACCUGGCCACAUACGCACCUUCAAUAUUACUAAAACGAUUGUCUAGAAUCGUAUCUUUCCGUGUUAAUCAGGUCACAUAUUGAUCCAGAUUAGGAAGGUAACUAAAGCAUCACAGUCCUUAAAAUCGCUGCGCCUCAUGUAGUCUGGACCAGACACCAAGGCCAGGACCACAAUAAUCUGUCCAAACUGCCGAGGAAGGCAAUGAGGGUGAAAUGACCCAGUCAGCAUCUCACAGGGUUUAGUGGAGUCAGUUUCACUGCCGGUAUGUUGGUCGCCCAGAAGUUUGACACAAACAUGCAGAAUUCACCUGCUUCCCCCAGUGUCUCUGUCAAAGUAAAACCCUGCAACUUGUGAAAAUAUCACAAUUGUGCUUCUUUUAUUACAAACUCCUCAUUAACUUGCAUGACUCCACAGUCAGGGAUCUAGGAACAGCAGCGCCCCCUGGUGUGCACUCUGAGCUCUACAACUUCACAUGGUCUCAUGCUGAAGGCUCCUCCCUGUAGCCUGUCAUGUUGGCUCUUUAAAGUCUCUGUCUGGUUCACAAGGCUGGAAAGUUGCUCCAUCUUCUUCCGUACUGAUCGACCAUUGGAUAAGCCGAUCAUCAGGAGCGGAAAAACGGCCUCCACUGGUUCCCCCUCUGGAUCCUCGCUUUUUCCAUGUACAUCCAUCUUCUCGCCAGAUCACUGUGAAAAAUGAAAAACUCUUUAGCAACAACUUUUAGUAAUUGACAAGAAGCUGGCAUCAGCUGGGCUCAUCAAACCCUCCUGAUAUCUCCAUGUGGCGAGACAGCGCCCCCUGUCUGUGGUGUGAUCACAACUUCCACUUCUUCGCAGUCUUUUGUAUACUUGGAACAUAAAUUUAUCGGCCUGCACGUCAUUCAUGCAGUGACAUUAAAGAGUCGUUAAAAAACAACAUUAACCAGACUGACCUGCUUUGCUCCUGAAGUCUUUCCACAGAAAACUGAUCAUUCCAGCUGAUAGUUUCAGUUGUGAGCUUCAAAAGUCAAAGUUUUUGGUGUUUUUUCUCAUUCCUCAGAGGAUGGUGUAGCCUGAAUGCUUCUCCAUGGCACUGACAGCAUCAGAUCUGCAUGUUCUGAAACAGGCUCACCUAAUAAUGCUUCAUUCUAUUCCAGAGCAACCCGUUCCACCUACUGGAAACUUACUGGCAGCUACAAAUUUCUACUGUAUUGUCUUCAAAUUGCAAACCAAGCUAAGCCUACGAAGCAGAAUACAGACCUGCAGCAAGCUGAACCUUUUUCCUCUCUCGGCUCUGUAGAGACAUGAUGUUUAAGUUCUGAACAGGCAUGGAUCGGUCACCAGUUUGACAGCGUCGCACCCCCCCCCCCUCUCCCCCCCCUGCACCUGUGCACCUUUGCUGAGCAUAAAGGGGGGCGAGACCCUUCAGAGGAGGGGAACUUCAGCCCAAUGUAUUAAUAAAAGCAAUUACUUUAACUUCAGUUUUUGUUUAGAAAGAAUUCAGUUAUUACCAUUAUUCAUAUGUUCCAUGUUUUAUAUAUUGUUUAGACACAUUUCUUUUAUUGUUUUUAAAUGCAGACAUUUAAAUAUUAAGACACGUGGAGCUGUCAUAAUAAUACGGUGAUGUUUUUGCCCAAGGAUGUGCGACCGGUCCAUGCCUGGAGCUGAAUGCUCGGUCAGUCACAUCUAAGUACGUUGGUAUAUAUGAGGGAUAUCCUGAUGUCUGAGAAUCACCAAAUUCAUUGAUUCUUUACAAUGUUCUAUGUGUUUAAAAUGAAAUUAACACAAGCUGGAAAUGAUCAACAGCACACCCCAGAUGCCCAAAGAGAAACUGGGGAAUGAGUUAGUAAUUACUGUCCAACCGCACCACUGGUUACUUUAUAAAGAGCAAAGGAUUCCACUAAAUGUAGCAGAUAGUUUGGUUUUUGUUUCCCCUCAUGUUUAAGUCUUAUUGCUUCCUACACUACAGUAAUACUUUGCAUUUACUGGGUAACUUUGAAAAACUGUAGCGAGGAAAACUCCUAUUUUCUUCUUAAACUGAUACAGCUUGAGUUUGCUUGAUGCUUCUUGUAAUGUAUUUUGUCUAAUGACUGAUGUUAAUAACCAGCUCUGAUUUGUAGCAUGAAAAGAAAAUCUGAUUCAGUCAGCUUUAUUUUCUCUAAUUAUAUCUUUAUAAAGUGAGACAAAUACCAGUAUAUGUCUGUCUGUAAUAGUCCAGCCAUCCAAUGUAGCUGUGAAAAAUGUGGAGAUUAUUUGUUUCAAUGAAUAUGUUGUUUAAUGCCAAAGUUACUUUAAACUUCUGCAUAUAUUAGAACAGCUGUGUGUAACAGACUGUUGACAUGAUUCCUUUCAAUAAAACAUUGUUUCAUUUGGGGGGA